GUUAAGAAGCCAAAAAGCAACAGCACAAAAAUUGGUUGAAUAUCUCAGUUCAACAGUAACCCAUGCUAGCCAGCCACUCUUUCUUGUUUCCAGCAGCUCCUUCUCAUUCUGAACCAUUUUCUUCCCCAGAAAAUGGUUUUAUUAUCAAAAGAAAAAGAAGACCUGCUGGUACUCCAGAUCCUGAUGCACAAGUUGUGUAUCUCACAGCUGAGAUGCUAAUGGAAUCCGAUCGUUACGUUUGUGAAAUCUGUAACCUUAGCUUUCAAAGAGAGCAGAAUCUUCAGAUGCACCGCCGCCGCCAUAAGGUUCCAUGGAAGUUGAAGAAGAAGGAAGAAGAGAAGAAUGAGAUGGAGCAAGUAAAGAAGAGAGUAUAUGUGUGCCCAGAGCCAAGUUGUGUGCACCAUGAUCCAAGCCAUGCACUAGGAGACCUUGUGGGAAUCAAAAAACAUUUCAGAAGGAAACAUAGCAAUUACAAACAAUGGGUUUGUCAGAAAUGCUCUAAAGGUUAUGCUGUUCAAUCAGAUUACAAAGCUCACAUCAAAACUUGUGGUACUAGAGGCCAUUCUUGUGACUGUGGCCGAGUCUUCUCCAGAGUUGAAACCUUUAUUGAACAUCAAGAUUCAUGCAAAGCACAAGGUACAACUACUAGUAAAGAAUGUGAUGUGCAAAAACCAAAGCCAGCUCAAUAUUUUUCAAACUACUCAAAUUCAAGAAUGCCUAAGAAUAUCACUCACCCUAAUCUUGAACUUGAGCUUUUCACUUCUUCCAACUAUAAUCAAAACACACAUAAUUAUUCUUCUUUCUUGGAAAAUGAACAAACCCCACAAUUAAAUUUGUCAUUUGGUGGUCAAAGUGAUAGUAGUAAUUAUUACCAAGUCCAACACACUGAGAAAGCAGCAGCUUUGAUCAUAGAAGACACAACAAUACAAGUAUCAAAACUAAAAAGUGAAGCAAAAGAAAUCCUGAAAAUAGCAAUGGAAGAAAAGGCAAUGGCUGCAGAGAAGAGACAAGAAGCAAAGUGUUUGAUUGAAUUAGCCAACCUAGAAAUGGCAAAAGCAAGGGAAAUUAGACAACAAUUAUUAGCUGAAUACAGUACUGUUCAGCUCCUAAAAGACUGUGCAGAAAUGAAGAUUGUUGGCUCACAGUCACAUGUGAAGAUAAUAACAUGCAACUCUUGUAAUAGUAAACAGUUCCAAACAGUGGCAAAAGAGGCUGCAGUUUGUAGAGAGGUUUACCCAGCUUUGACUAAGUAUUUGUCAUCUUCCAUUUACAGAAGGUAAAAAAUGUGAGUAGUUUAACAGUAGUAGUAGUAGUCCAACUACUUUUCUGCCCAUGAAAUGGUAGUGAGAUUUUGGACAUGUUAUGAAAUGUACAAGGUUAACUAUCUUUUGUUGUAACACUAAAUAUAAUAA